AUGCAGUAUUACUCUAAACCCACCAACAAGGCCAGUAGCUCUAGCAGUGGCAGCAGCCGCAGCAAUGUCAGUAGUGUGACUGGACGACACCCGGUGUACCGGGGAGUACGGCGCCGGAGUAGCGGCAAAUGGGUCAGUGAAAUUAGAGAACCCAGGAAGCCAAACAGGAUUUGGUUAGGUACAUUUCCUACCCCUGAAAUGGCAGCUAUUGCUUAUGAUGUUGCUGCACUUGCCCUAAAAGGCCGAGAUGCCGAGCUUAACUUUCCUAAUUCAGCUUCAUCUCUGCCUGUGCCGGAGUCUAACUCCCCUCGCGACAUCCAAUCAGCCGCGGCUUCCGCAGCCGCUGCUCUGGGCGCCGCCAAUGAUGCACUGUCUGCCAAUGAGAACGCAAGAAAUGAUGAAAAUGUCACAACGACGGCAGAGAGAUCAUCGAUGGUUAAUGAGUUUGUGGAUGAGGACUUGAUUUUUGACAUGCCUAAUCUUCUUGUCAACAUGGCUGAAGGCAUGCUUGUCAGCCCUCCACGUUUGGACAUUGCCGACGAUGAUGCCGCCACCGCUGAUCAUGACCUUUGGAAGUUUCCUUAA